AUGGCCACAACCGGACUGUACAAAAUGGGUGACGGAAGCAGCUAUGCAACCAACUGCUUCCCUGCCAGGAACAUUUUGGGCACGAGGAAAGAAGGGGCUGGGCACUGGCUGCUGGCACGCGGAGCACCCCGGAGCUCCCGGAUCAAGCAGGGAGUCCCUGGGGAGAUGCCCAAGCAGAGGAGGAAGCCCCAGAGUUUGGCAGCUGCAGAAGAGGACAACGUCCUGGACGAGCCAUUUCUGAUGAAGCAUCAUUGCUUGAAGAACCCUUCGGACUUGUGCGCUGUGAAUAUAAGCAGCCAAAAUCUGGUCUCUGCUAAAGAAGAAGAUUUUGAGAAAUUUGACUGUGUUGCUUUUAUAAAUGCUGCAGAGAACCUGUUGACAUUAGAGGCUUUUCGGAAGUUUCCAGGAUUGCGGGAGCUGGAACUUUCCUUGAAUGGACUAAGGAAUCUGAAAAUUACGGCUGGAGACUUCCUGCGUUUGGAAGAUCUGGACCUCUCAUACAAUAACUUAUCCCCUGAGGAUAUCUGGAUCCUGGGAGAGCUGUCCCAGCUCAAGGUCCUUCGCUUGACGGCCAACGGGCUCCGCUCGCUGCCUCCCGACCUGGCCGGCUCCUGGGACUCCGCUCGCUCGAGGUUUCCGUCUCUCGAGGUCCUGCUGCUGGAUGACAACGGCCUGUCGGGGCCGAGCGUCUUCGCCAGCCUCGCCGGACUCUGCAGCCUGAGGCAGCUGAACCUGGACAGGAAGAAGAUUUCGGCUGUGCCCUACCUGCAGCAAGCAGAGAGCAGCCGCUUCUUCCUGCACCCGGCGCUGGACGGCAGCGGCUUCAGGGGCGAGGGGGACCAGGCUGUUCUCCGGGAAGGACAUCCAGCCACUGCACGCAGGGACGCGUGUGCCCCCUUUCCUGAGCUGCAGCAUCUCAGUUUGGCCUUCAACAAGAUUGAGGAGGAGGCAGAUCUCCUGCCUGUGGCUUUCUUCCCGUGUCUGGAGGAGCUGACGUUCCACGGAAACCCUCUUGCCACCACGACGAGCGGGCAGCCUCCCCUGCUGACCAGGCUCCUCCAGGAAAAUUUGGGGAUUAAACUUGUUCGCCGGAGCGUGGUGGUGGAGAGGCUGCACCUCGCCAUUCCUCUCAAGGCCAGCCGCAAGGUUUCAUCCCGUCUCCCGAAGGUCCCAAAGGCGCCGCUGAUGCUGGAAGCUCCUGCCGGGACCUUUCCAUGGCAACUCGGGAGAGGAGCCGGAGCCCGGAGUCCAUCCAAGCCUCUGCCUCCGAUCAGACCCUCCACGGAGCAGAGAGAGGAGCGGGAGGAGGCCGGGAAAGGCCCCUGGCACCCGGCUCCGCCUGAGCCUGGCGGUGACAGCCUGGAGGACAGGGAAUGGGGCUCUGGGCCUCAUCCCGAUGGACCCCAAGAGGCCACUGGAUCCUUCUUCCUGACGCAGAGGAAGAGGAGCCAGCAGAGGGGAGGAGGAAGCUCCCCGGCUGUUCCCGAGCGAUACAGGGGCUACGAGGAGCUGCUCGGCGGAGACGUCGACCCGGAUUUCAUCGAGCCCGUGGGGAUCCAGAGGAACGUGCAGGCACUGAGCCACCUCCUGAGGCACCCGCGGGUUUACCGGGACCCGACGCCACGGCUGCGCGGUGGGCAGAGGCCCUACGUGCCACGGAGGAAGUCUGGGAAGAUGCCGGCCCCUCCGCCCCGCCGGACGAGAGCAGAGGUCCUGGAAGGGCUGCUGCUGGCCAUGAGGAGCUCCACGGCCAUCACUGAGGUCCCCCUAGUGUCUGUUCUGCGAGGGAAAAAAUCCAACCCUGAAGCCUAUCGGGAGGCCCUGAGGCUCCUGAGGGAAUUCCAGGAGGGGCCCCAGGGGCCUGUCCCCAGCGCUGCGGGUCAGGCCAGCUCCCUGGAUGAGCUGCAGGCCAUGAAAACCCUCCUGGUGGAAGUGGCUUCCAAGCAGAGCAGCUCCAGCCAGCUCCAGCUGCCGAGGAAGAGGGUGCCCAAGAAGAUGCUCAAGGUGAAGUUUGCAGCGUAG